UUUUCACGUACCGCAUUGCUGCCCAUGUGCCUCGUCUGGCCAGACCAGCCAUGACAAUUUCGCGCUCAUUUGUGUCUACUACCAAAACCGAUGAGACCGUAGUGGUUGCUCCUGGGGGCAUUGAAUUGCCCAAGCUUACAGAGAAGGAGACCUUUGACGAAGUAUUUGAAGCCCCUCCCCGUAUUCCCGCCACUCACGGUAUUCCCGUUUGUAACCUGCACUUGCGUGGCUAUCUCCCACAGCAGUUGGACUUUUAUGCAGACUUUGCUCGUCGUGCUGCUUUCCACCUCGGUAUGCCAUGCUCGGGUACUGUUCCUCUGCCUACUCAGACCUCCCGAUGGACUGUGAUCCGAUCUCCUUUCGUACACAAGAAGUCCCAGGAGAAUUUUGAGCGUAAGACACACAAGCGUCUCCUUCAAAUCAAGGAUGCCCAUCCUGAGGCAGUUGAUAGAUGGUUGCGUUAUUUGACCCGCAAUGCACCUGCAGGUGUGGGUCUCCGUGCAACAACAUGGGAAUUUGAGUCGAUUGGUGUUGGAAAGAAAAUGUCAUCAAAGGCAUAAAAUAAUAAUAAUGAUAGACGGUAGAAUAAAUAAAUAGCAUAUAUACAAC